CCUCCUACACAGUGUAAAGGUUUAUUGUUGUUAUAUUAUUACUGCUGAUUAUUGCUAAGUUGACUGCUUAGAAACAACAAUGCAGAUUUCUUAAUGAAACCGAUAGCCUUGAAUCUAUAGAGUUUUUAUGCUAAAAAAGAGAAUCUCUGUCGGCCUGAUGUCUUCGGUUGUGGCCCCAGAAAAGCCCGCCUCAAACACCAUGGGCCCCAAAGAGGUGGAGCUGAUUCUGGUGAAGGAGCAAAAUGGGGUUCAGUUCACCUCUUCCACCUUAGUGGCUCCGACUCAUCCUCAGACCAACCCCAGUGGGGAGGAGAGGGAGACCUGGGGGAAGAAAAUCGACUUCCUCCUGUCUGUGAUCGGAUUUGCCGUGGACCUCGCCAACGUCUGGAGAUUCCCCUACCUCUGCUAUAAGAAUGGAGGAGGUGCGUUCCUGGUGCCAUACAUGUUCUUCAUGUUGAUAGCUGGCAUGCCUCUCUUCUACAUGGAGCUGGCUCUGGGACAGUAUAACAGAGAGGGGGCAGCAGGCGUCUGGAAGAUCUGUCCCAUAUUUAAAGGUGUAGGCUUCACGGUGAUCCUCAUUUCCCUGUACGUUGGUUUCUACUAUAAUGUCAUCAUCUCCUGGGCGCUCUUCUAUCUCUUCUCCUCGUUCACCAGCGAGCUGCCGUGGGUCCACUGCAACAACAGUUGGAACAGUCCAAACUGCUCUGACUGGGCUGACAACAGCUCAGUCAGCGACAUUUACAAGUCCACCCCUGCUCAGGAAUACUUUGAACGAGGGGUGCUCCACAUCCAGGACAGUAAUGGUAUUGAUAAUCUGGGCCGUCCACGCUGGCAGUUGACUUCCUGUCUAGGUGUAGUGAUUGUUCUGCUCUACUUCAGUCUCUGGAAGGGCGUCAAAACUUCUGGAAAGGUUGUGUGGAUCACAGCCACGAUGCCCUAUGUGGUCUUGACUGUGCUGCUGAUCCGCGGAGUCACUCUGCCUGGAGCCAUCGAUGGCAUUAAGGCCUACCUCUCCGUGGACUUCUUGAAACUGUGUGAUGCCCAGGUCUGGAUCGACGCAGCGACACAGAUCUGUUUUUCUCUGGGAGUGGGGUUUGGUGUGCUAAUUGCCUUUUCCAGCUACAACAAAUUCAGCAACAACUGUUACAGAGACGCCAUCAUCACCAGUUCCAUCAACUCUCUAACUAGUUUCUUCUCCGGAUUUGUGGUCUUCUCCUUCCUUGGGUACCUGUCCCAAAAGCACAAUGUAGCCCUGGACAAAGUUGCCAGAGACGGUGCUGGUUUGGUUUUUGUAAUUUACCCAGAAGCCAUUGCAACACUACCUGGAUCAUCAGUGUGGGCGGUCAUCUUCUUCAUCAUGCUGUUAUCCCUGGGCAUCGACAGUGCAAUGGGUGGUAUGGAGUCGGUGAUCACGGGGCUGAUGGAUGAGUUUAAAUGCCUCCACAAGCACAGAGAGCUGUUCACCCUCUUCAUUGUUGUUUCCACAUUCCUCAUAUCCCUCUUCUGUGUUACAAAUGGUGGGAUGUAUGUGUUCACCCUGCUGGACCACUUUGCAGCAGGAACAUCGAUUCUCUUUGGAGUGCUUAUUGAAGCCAUUGGCAUCGCAUGGUUUUACGGAGUGGACAGAUUCAGUGAUGACAUUGAGGAGAUGAUUGGCCAUCGACCAGGCCUGUACUGGAGACUGUGCUGGAAGUUUGUCAGCCCCUGCUUCCUCCUGUUUAUGGUGGUGAUUAGCUUUGCCACAUUCAACCCUCCAAGUUACGGUACCUACACAUUUCCUCCAUGGGCGAACAUGGUGGGGUGGUGUCUUGCCAUUUCCUCAAUGUCCAUGGUGCCUCUCUACGCCAUCUACAAACUCUGCAUAGUGCCUGGAAAGUUCUGCAAUAGACUGGCUUAUGCCAUCACCCCAGAGACAGAGCAUCACUUGGUAGACAACGGGGAAGUUCGGCAGUUCACACUGAAACACUGGUUGGUGGUCUGAAAAGUAGAGGAGGAGAGAAAAGGAGAGAAAGAUGAAGAGAGUGAAAGAAUGAGAGAGUAGACAUUGGGUAGAUGGAUGCGAGCACAGCAACGGUCUGAAGAACUGAGAAGAAUAAAGAAAUUGCCAUUGAAAUUGAUCACAAUGGUGGGGGUGGGAGCAGUUUAAAAGUGCCGACAGAAAACCCAUACACUUUGUAGUGUGCUUUAAUUUAAACAUUGGAUAUGUGAA